UUCAAAAUUUUUGACAUUUCGAAAACGAAGCGAAGCCUAAACGUAUAUUUUUGUUUUGAUCAUAACCUAGACUGUUUUUCGGUGGAUACAAAAACAAAUCUGCGAAUAUCUUUGUGAUCACCAGUUGUUAAUCGUUAGCGAAGAUGUCGAUCGGAGUGCCAAUUAAAGUUCUUCAUGAAGCGGAGGGUCAUAUCGUCACCUGCGAAACCAUCACCGGUGAAGUUUACAGAGGGAAGCUGAUAGAAGCAGAGGAUAAUAUGAAUUGUCAGAUGACCAAUAUCACUGUUACAUACAGAGAUGGAAGGGUAGCUCAAUUAGAGAAUGUGUACAUCAGAGGCUCCAAAAUCAGGUUCCUGAUAUUGCCCGACAUGCUGAAGAACGCCCCAAUGUUUAAAAAGCAAACAAAAGCGGGCACUGCUGGAAGAGGGAAAAGCGCUAUACUUCGAGCUCAAGCUGCAAGAGGUCGAGGGCGAGGGACGAAUCCAGUAUCGAGAGGUGGUCGCGGUGGUUCUUGGCAGGGUGGAACAGCAGCGCAAGGGGCUCCCGCAGGAAGAGCUCGAUAGCUAAAUUAAUAACAACAAUAAAUCCAAACUAAUCUAUAGUGACUAGGUUAAGCCAUUUCCAAAUAUUUAAUUUAUGCAUUGAUAAAUUUCUUCUGUUCAGCAUUUCCUUUUACUUUUAUAAACAUUUAUUAUUAAGUCAUCUAACAAUAUACACACACAAUCAUA